GUUGCUCAAUCGAGCUGCCUUCUGCCCUGGGUUAAAAUGGCGGCUGCGGCCGCCGCUGCUUAGGGCGCCCGGGAGAUUCCCUCGGCUGGACGGCGGACACGGGGUUAUCGGAAGGCGGAGGCAGCCGGCCGGGCGGCCAAGAUGGCGAUGAUGGGAGGCGGUUUCUUGAGCAUCGUGGAGUACUUGGGGGGAGACGGCGGCUACCGCUGCGGCUAUUGCAAGAACGACACCGGCAACUUCUCCCACGGCAUGUGGGCUCAUUCACUGACUGUUCAGGACUACCAGGAUCUUAUAGAUCGAGGAUGGCGAAGAAGUGGAAAGUAUGUUUAUAAGCCCACUAUGAAUCAGACAUGUUGUCCUCAAUAUACAUUAAGGUGCCAAGCAUUACACUUUCAACCUUCCAAAUCACAUAAAAAAGUUUUGAAGAAGAUGUUGAAAUUUUUAAUAAAAGGAGAACAUUCAAAAGCAGAUAUCGAAGUAGAUCCUGUGGAGUCUCACACCAAAGAGGCUGAUGGCUGUAGUUUUUCCUUAAAAAACCCACCUAUCAGAAGCCAAUCUGAAUUGCUACUCCUCAGUACUGAUCCCACAGAAGAGGAAGAAAUGACAGAAGAAAUAAAUGUAAAGGAAGUAGACUCCAAAAAUUCUGAAUUGUGUAAUGAAAAAUUGAAUACCGAUUCCAGCAAGCCAUUACAGAUAGCUCAUAUUGGACAUGUUACUCCUAAGCCUGGCAGAGGAGCUGACUUGAAUAAACCACCAUGUCGUAAAGCAAAAGUCAUACGGAAGGAACAAAAGUUGCAGAAAAAACUUCAGUGCCAGACACAGCCAGUUUCAGUUGAAUCAGGGUCUCGGAGUUUGACCAGUCAGAACUGUUCUCUUAAAACAAACCAACCAAAAUCAAUUGAAGACUUCAUUUUUGCCACCUUACCUCCUGAAGCUCUGCACCAGAUAGAGGUGAGGUUAGUACCAGUUUCUUUUGAGGACCCACAGUUCAGUUCAUCUUUUACUCAGUCUGCCACUUUAUUUGCCAAGUAUCAGAUGACGAUACACAAGGACACUCCUCUUGAAUGUGACGAGGACCAGUUUACGCGGUUUCUCUGUGAUUCACCACUUGAGGCUGAACAUUUACCAAAUGGUCCAGAUUGUGGCUAUGGUUCUUUCCACCAGCAAUAUUGGCUUGAGGGAAAACUACUUGCUGUUGGUGUAAUUGACAUUCUUCCGAAGUGUGUAUCCUCCGUGUAUCUCUACUAUGAUCCUGAUUUUUCUUCUCUGUCUUUGGGUGUCUACUCUGCUUUAAGGGAAAUAGCUUUUACCAGGCAACUUCAUGAAAAGGCCUCUGAUCUAAGUUAUUAUUACAUGGGAUUUUAUAUUUAUUCAUGUCCUAAAAUGCGAUACAAGGGACAAUAUAGACCUUCUGAUUUACUAUGUCCAGAGACAUAUACUUGGAUACCCCUUGAGCAGUGUCUACCUUCUCUUGAGCGUUCAAAAUAUUCUCGCCUCAAUCAAGACUUAAAAAUAGCUGAUGAAGGGAUGAUAAAGGAACUUGAUCAAGUUAAGGUUCUCCAUAAGAGAUCAGUUAUGCCUUACAGGAUGUAUAAGAGAAAUCGAAAAGGACCAAGCGAUGAAGAAACUGUACAGCAAUAUGCAGGUCUCGUGGGACAGGCAUGUUCAGAGAGGAUGUUGCUUUUUCGGAGCUGAAUAUCAUUCUGUAGAUGUUCCAGAAUGACUUUUUAUCAUACUAAUGCAAGAUUACAUAUCUCUGCUGUUUUCUGUUGUUAUGCCUAUUGAAUACGCACUGUGUACCUUUUUCUGCCUGGGAAUGAACAUAUUGACAAACUUUAGCAUAAAACAUUGAUUUUGAGUCUUUAUAUUAAGGCUUUGUCAGAAUAUUACAAUGACUGAGUUCAUGAGAUUAAAGUCCUUACAUUUUCAAAUAAGUGAAUGGGAUGAGUAUAAAAUUGAGUGGAACAUUUGAAGGGUGGGGGGAGUAGCAUUUUGUAGGUAUUUGGUAAAGAUAAUAUUUAAAAUCAACUGGGUGAUGAAAUAUAAGUUGUUGUGAAAUGUAUAAAUAUUUCAGAAAUUUUAUAUUUUCUUUGACUACUGUCAGAUAAUUAAAUAUUUUGUUCUAGUAUUAUUUCAGAAUUCAGUUAACCAGAUACUUGUAAGUAAGCAAAUGUUUUGCACUAUGCUUCAGUGGGAAAACCCAACCUCUGUCUAGUAGAGUUGGUGCCUAGGAUUGCUAUUAUAUCAUAUAAUAUAAAGCCAUCUAAUGUGUAUCUAUGCACUGCAUCUUUCAAAUUAUUCACUGCAAUCUUUUAAAUGUUUGCUUUAAAUAACAUAUAAUUGUAUUGAAAUAACCAGGAAGUUUGAUGAUUUAGGGUUUUUUUUUGUAAUUGACGCUUUGGGAAAGGUUGAAAUUGAAAUGUUUAUCAAAUUACCAAAGAAAUUAAUUUAAAAAUGUAGAUUAAAACUCCAUUGAAGUACA